UACACCUCGAUCAAAACACCUCAGCAUCCAUUUUCAAAAAAAGGAAAAUCUUUCAUUUCUACAACAAUGGCAAACUCGUGGCAAGAUAUGAUCAUGGAGGAAAGAGAAGCGUUAAUGGUCUCACCCACGGGCGGACAAUCAACUCUUAGAACUGCCCAUUUUCUAAACCCUUCAAUUACCUCCAUUCAUAACCCCCUCCCCCUACUUCCUCGCCAAAACCCGGCCGCCGGCAAGCCCAAGCUCACCUUCCGAGGGUGGAAGAAUAGAGCACUCAAAGAUUGGGGAAAAUGGGUCGAAGAAAUGCGAAAUUUGCACGAAUCCGCCUGGAAGAACGCCGGAAUCUACGACGCGGUGAUGAAUUCUACGCACAUAAUCCACCGGAACGACGCUCUGAUUCUCGGAUUCGCCGGAAAAUGGAGCCCGGAGACGAAAACGUUUGUGUUUCCGUGGGGCGAAGUUACUCUCACAUUGGAGGAUAUGAUUGUGCUGGGAGGGUUCUCUGUUUUGGGUGAUUGUGUUGACCCGGAUUUAAGCCCUCUAGGGGAUAGGAAAUGGGUAGAGAUCAAAUCUAAGCUGCUCAAAGCAAGAUCAGAGAUAAACAAAUGUGCAGCUAGGAAAGUCACCCAUGGUUCUUGGAUUGCUAAGUUUAUUGGGAGUGGGAGUGAAGUUGAGCAUGAGGCCUUUUUAGUGUUAUGGUUAGAAAAGUUUGUUUUCCCCAUCUCUGCUUAUGAAACCAUAGGCACAAAGGUUUUGGACAUCGCCAUCCGGUUAGCCCGAGGCAAUAGAAUCGCCCUCGCGCCUGCUGUUUUAGCCAGCAUUUAUCAGAAUCUAGGGCUAAUGAAGGAGGCUCUUGUUGAGAAGAGGGGAGAAGUCAUCAUGAUUUCGGCCCCGUUUCAACUCGUGCAAGUAUGGGCUUGGGAGAGGUUUCCAUCUUUACGCCCGAAUCCCAAUUCUGUUGGGCAUGAUAAGCCAAGGUUCGCGAGAUGGGGUGAGGUGAAAAUGGAGGCUAAGGAUAUGGUGUUGGCUAUAGAUUCUGCUGGAGAUGAUUUCUGUUGGCGGCCAUAUACCUUGGGGGCCAAAAACCCGAGACUUUACAAGGAACAAGAAUCCUGGAUAUCGGUUCGAGAUGGUUUGGAUGAAGAGUUGGAGGCGCUUGUCAGGUGCUUGAGAGCAAGCGAGCUCGUGGGGAUGGAGAAUUGUAUCGAGCAGUACCUCCCACACCGCGUGGCAAUGCAGUUUGGGAUGGAUCAGGACGUUCCAGGGCACAUAAGGCGGGCUAACAGAUCCCCCGAAACUGCUUGGGAGUUUUACACAAGGCCGGUCCUGGACAAGAAACUGUACUUACCACCACGGUUGUUUGAGUCAGAUGUUACCUUUCGUUACCUGCAAUGGAGGGAGGAAUCAGCCCCGAAAAUUAAGGCUGUCGUUAAGAGGAAAAGCUGCAAGAUUUCAGAUGGGAAACUGUUAAAAUCAGAAGAUGAUCCAAUUGAAGCAGAUGACCAUAUCACUCUGGCUCAACUUGUAUCAAAUCCUGGAAAAACUAGCAUCCAUAUUGAGCCUGCAGAGAAGCAGCUAGAAGAACAAGGAGAUGUAUCUAAAGGUAUAGCUGAAGAUGCAAAUAGAUGCAAUGUGAAAAAUGGGAGAAGUAAAGAUCUGGUGCAUAUAUCAAAGGUUCAAGAAAAAGGGAAACUUGAAGAUGAAGAUGAUCUAUCUGGGAAUAGGCCUACUGGUUUUGACAGAAGUAAUGGCAGAGAUUGUAGUGUAGGUACCUCCAAGAUUCCUGGGAUGGAACUUGAGAAGAGGAUUAGGAAUCUUGAGAAUUGGAUUGCUUUAAUGCGAAGGAAAAUUUGAUCAUGGGAUUAAACAAUUAGUCUCAGAUAUUAAACAAAUUGUAGAAAACUUUUUGAAUUUAAUAUGAAAUUAAUGAAUUUAAAACACUUGUUGAGUGA